CUAAUUCCGUGCUAUCUGGUUCUCUUAUCUUCUCGCCGCGUUAUAACACGUCUUAACAAUAACAACCUCUUUCUUUGAUAAUACUUGCGUUCCAUAAAGUACAGAGUACUUCAAUCAUCGUUCCGAUAACACAGACAAGAGACAUACAUUGGUUUUAAGUUUUCAGUAUGUUCUCGAACAGUGUUCUAUUGGGAUUGUUGAGGCGAUGUUCGCGGUCGAAACUGAAAUCGACUUCCGUUCUUUAACAGUCGCGAAGUCAAUCGAUGUCGCGCAAGUACAAAAGUGACGUUUGUAAACGAGAACAAAUCACAGUGUGUACGUUUUACGGAAAAUAAAAUUAGAGAAUUCGCAAUACUUCCGAAAAAAUAUCGCGCAAGAUAAUAUUCUACUGAAUUGUUCUAUGUUGCAUCAUGGCUACUACUGUGUUCGGCGCCUUCUCGGUGCUGAAAGAUCACGUUAAAUUCAAAGUCAAUCAAAAUGCAAUAGUCAUCGACAAUCUCGUUUUCAGAUUACACUAUAGAGCCACAUUUUUGUUGCUUCUGGUAUCAACAAUUCUGGUAUCUUCUAGACAAUUUAUCGGAGAACAUAUAAAAUGUAUCACAGACUCUGGUGUGCCACCUAAAGUCAUCGAAACCUUCUGCUUUUUCAUGUCCACGUACACAGUGGUAAAGCACAUGAACGCUACCGCGGUAUUGGACGGUGAGUUACCGCAUCCCGGUGUUGGACCGGCGUCUAAAACCGACGCAAUUACACAUCACGCUUAUUACCAAUGGGUGCCUUUUGUUCUUUUCUUUCAAGCACUUUUGUUCUACGUGCCACAUUAUUUAUGGAGAAAAAUGGAAGGUGGUCGAUUGAACAUGUUAGUAUCAGGAUUACACAUGGCAGCAUUGUCGCUGCAAAGUGAAACGGAAAUAAAGGUGAACGAUAAGAUCAAAGUGCCGUCAAAGCAGGAACGCGACGAAAAGAUACAACAGAUACGAAUUGGUUUCAUAAACCGUUUGCAUUUAAAUCGUCCGUGGGCAUACGGUCUAACUUUAUGCGAGAUACUGAAUUUUCUAAACGUGCUCAUGCAAAUUUGCUUAAUCGACUGGUUCCUGCGUGGAGCUUUUAUAAAUCUCGGCCCUCAUAUUCUCAGGCCGCUGUCUAAGGACGAAAUAGAUCCCCUCGACGUAGUAUUCCCGAAGGUAACAAAAUGCAUUUUUCACAAGUACGGUCCUUCUGGAACCAUACAAAAACACGACGCGCUGUGCGUGAUGGCACUGAACGUCGUCAACGAAAAGAUCUAUGCGGUUCUCUGGUUCUGGUUCAUCGCGCUAGCAGUGAUAACCGGUUUAGGAUUAGUAUGGAGAGCGCUAACCAUGUUCCUUCAUGCCAGAAGUACGUCAUUCAACAAAUUCGUAUUCUCCACGGCUUGUCCCGGAAAGUACAAUCCGUGGAACGUACUCAAGGUCACUCACGAGUACUACUUCGGCGACUGGCUGUUUCUCUAUUACAUAGCCAGAAAUUUGGACAACUACGUGUUCAAAGAUCUCCUUCAGAGAUUGGCGGAGGAUCUGGACAGUAGGCGUCACGUGCGUUACAAAAUCUCGCAACCUGAAGUUGAAGAGGAACUGAUGCUGAAGAAGAUGUGAAGAUCAAUCAAAUGUAGAAUUAAGUUGCACCCGCAGAGUGAAAUCUAAAUUUUAAGAAAGUGAAGUCUAAUUCUAGAUGUAAUUUUUGGGGUUUUUUUUUCUCUUUUUCUGAUCUUUCUUAAUUUUGUUUUUUUAAAGAAGACUAAUAUAUGGAUAAAUUUAAUAUAUAAAUUUGAUAUUUCAGAUAAUUAUUUACAUUAAAAGAUACACAAUUUCGAAUAGUUUAUCGACAGGUAUAAUGUUUACAUGUAUGUUGAGAUCAAAAUAAACCAUAUAUAUGU